ACCCUCUCCACUUCACCGUAUUUUCAAACCCCACCACCUUUCCCACUCGAAAACCCAGAAAAUGAUGGGUUCUGCAAAACCGGUUCGGAUCUCCGCCCGCUUUGCCUGCCUUAUCUUCCUCGCAAUUUCUGCCUGGGCUUCCAUUGCCUCCGCCACCGAACCUUCUUUGGUUUUUGGUGAAUCUACUAGGCUGCAGCUAUCUCAUGGCUUGCGAGUAAAUACUUCUACUGGUUCAAAGCCUGGCACUUCAGUGGUUUGUGAAAGAGUUCAUAUACGGGGAUUGCCAAGGCUUAAAAAUCUCGGAAAAAUUGCCCAUGUAGUGAAGGUGAAUGUAUCGCAAAGAGAUCCAAGCAUUCGUACGUUGAAAACCGAGGUUUGUUUCCAUAGGAAUGUCUCUCUUGGCGUCGGGAUGUGCCCUCAAGGUCAGUGGGAGAAAGUUGUUAAGGGAUUUUGGGUUAGGUCCAUGUCACCUUUUGAUCACAGGAUCUUAGAUAUACGAACUGCUGGUUCUUCCUUAGAACCCUUUGAGGUGUCCAUUGAAGAAGAAUUUUUUUUGUAUCGCAUAAUAUGUUUAAUCCUGGGAAUAGUUUUGAUGAGCCUGGCAUCCCCUCUGAGCAAGUCAUUUGUAUUUUAUUAUGGAGGUGCAAUGUCAAUUGGGGUCAUCCUUGUAAUAUUGAUCAUCCUUUUUCAGGGGAUGAAGCUUCUCCCAACUGGCCGAAGGAACUCUCUUGCAAUUUUUAUGUACUCAUCUGUUGUUGGUUUGGGAUCUUUUCUUCUCCGUUACUUACCUGGAUUGUUGCGUACGAUACUUACAGAGAUAGGAAUCAGUGAAGACAUGUAUAAUCCUUUGGCAAUAUUUCUGCUGGCUUUUCUUGUUCUGACCGGAGCAUGGAUGGGCUUCUGGGCAGUCCGUAAACUUGUCCUGACAGAAGAUGGAUCAAUUGAUAUAAGCACCUCAAACUUUGUUGCAUGGUCCAUCCGUAUUUUGGCUGCUGUUAUGAUUCUUCAGAGUUCUGCGGAUCCUCUACUGGCAGCAGAAGCUUUGAUUUCUGGAAUAAUGAUCUCUUCAUCAUUGUGGAGAAUUUUUAGAUUCAUUCGUCGCCUGUACAAGUAUGAUUUAACUAUUCCGGAGCUUAACGAUUACCUUCCAUCAUCAGGAAUUCAAGAUCUGCUUCCUUUUCAUCCACUAAGGAAUACAGUGAAAUCUCCAAAAAAGAACCGCAGGAGAUCUCGGGUUCCUUAUUUAUCAGCCUUUGAAGAUUCACGUGACAAAUAUACAUACAAGGUUCAGAGUGAUGAAGACCCCAUUUUCCUUGCGCCUCGAACCAAAAAUUUCACUCUGGCUUCAUGCAAAUCUGCUGAACGAGGUUUUUCCAGGACAUCACCUUGUCAGCAGUCAGAUUCAGAGUUGUACCCUUCCACAUUCCAUACUACACCUGAAAAGAAAAUUUUCUCGAAGGCUGAGUGGAAAAACUUCACCAGACACUCCACAGAGAAAGCUAUGGAAGAACUUGUUUCUUCGCCUGAUUUCAGCAAAUGGCUUAUUGGUAAUGCAGAAAGAAUCACUGUAGACCCCAACACAUCUAGAGCUGAAAAGCGUCGGAUUGAACAGGUGGGGAUUGAUUAAUAGACUGUUUCAACAGUAAUAUCGUUGAUGUGUCCACUGCUUAUUGUGGCUUUGGAUUUUGUUGGCCAUGUCAUGAAGCAUUUUGUGUGCCUAGCCUAAUGCUCUCUGGGAAGUAUUCCUUGCAUCCUACUGUGAUUGCAAUGCAAGGAAAUCUCAGUGGCCUAUGCUGUAUUAACAGUUAAUACUACAAUAGUGCGAGGCUUGUUGGUGCUGUGCCAAAUCUUAUCAAGGUGGUGCUGUGCCUGCUAUGAAGAUGAGAUUGUUCAAGAAAUUAGAUUUUAUCUCUUCUUCUUUUUUUCUUUUCUUUUUUUUUUUUUUCUCUUUUUUUUUUUUUUUUAGGGGGUAGAGAGAGAGAGAUUGUGUAAUUUAUGUGCAUAGGUUGUUGUACGUGCUAAUUUCACUGUGAUUUUUCCUCCAGUACAACAAACCCUGGGUACCAAGAUUGAUCGCCUUGUUCAUGGGAUAAUUAAAGAGCUCAGUGAAUUAAUUUGUACCCA